AUGCAUCUUGCUCAGUUUUGCGCCCUUUUUGGCAUAUUUGCCACAGCCCAGGCCUGUCUUUUGCAUGGAGAGAUCGAAGGCGAUCAUCCCCAGCUCAGACGCCGAACUAAUUCUACUGCGUCCACCAUCCACAUCCAUGCUGGGGAUCGUUUCAAUGGCGGAGCCGUCGCGCCCCGAGGUCUUGGCUCUCAACCCGCAGGUGCCAAGAUCGAAGGCUUGAUGAACGUUGCAGAAAUCCAAACUGCAGUUCAAGGCCUUGUCAACAAGUUCGGAAUCCAGAUGUUCACUGCCCCAGACGCAACAUCUCAGGGCGCUACCAUGUUUGGGGGCAAAGUCGGCAACGGUCUGGAUUGUGACGAUGCCUACCGAGUCUACUUGAUGGCAGGAAUACACGCUCGUGAGCGCGGUGGCCCAGACAAUCUCAUUUACUUCAUCUCCGACCUUCUCUGGGCUCAGAGUCUCGGCACAGGACUCACGUAUGGCAAUAUGGUAUACACACACGAUGAUGUGCUUACCGCUUUGUCGACGGGGAUUGUAUUCAUGCCCUUAGUCAACCCAGACGGCGUAGCCUAUGAUCAAGCUACGGAUUCCUGCUGGCGCAAAAAUCGCAACCCGGGCGGCGCCGUUGACCUCAAUCGAAACUUCGACUUCCUCUGGGACUUUGAGACAGAUUUUGCGCCUGGGCUUGGCAGCUCACUGGCAUCUUCAGAUCCCAACGAGCUGACGUACCACGGCACGAGUGCGUUUUCGGAACCAGAGACGCGCAACGUCAAGUGGGUGAUGGAUUCGUUCCCCAAGCUACGCUGGCACGUCGAUUUGCAUUCCUUCGCUGGUUUGGUGCUCUAUCCAUGGGGCGACGAUACCAACCAGGCAUUUGAUCCCAACCAAGCCUUCACCAAUCCAGAUUACAACGGCAAACGCGGUAAAGUUCCAGAUACCCCUGGGCUUGAAUACAAGGAAUACAUCACCUUCCCAGACUGGGACGCAACCAUGAUCGCGGCAAACAAGGUCGCCAUUGGCAUGGAAGGCGCUGCAAACAGACCCUACGAUGCGCGCCAAUCUUCGUUCCUUUAUCCAACCUCUGGCGCGUCUACAGAUUACGCAUUCGGUCGAAGCAUGGUCAACAGCGACUUGAACAAGCUGUACAGCUUUACUAUCGAGUUUGGCUUCGCUGGACCGGACAGCAAUUGCCCCUUCUAUCCAGACAAUGACCAGUUCCACAGCAGCAUACUGGAGGCUGGAGCAGGAUUCAUGGAAUUCCUACUCACCGCUGCACGACAAGGCCUCGGAAGCCCUAGAGAGUGUCCAUCAGGAGGCGCAAGUUGCGCGGCAACCUACUGCUUCUGCCAGGCGGGCUACAAGGCUACUGGCGUAGCAGACUCCGAUACAAGCAAGCAGUACCAUGUCACUUGGACAAAUGGCAACGGUGACCAAACCCAUCGCGUUUUGGUCAAUCCAGGACAGGACUGUUGGGAUGUGUGUGGAGACAACCGCUGCGGUGAAGUUCCGUUGAAAGAUAGCUGUCGAUAA